CUCUCUCUCUCCAUCGCAUGAUGUCUUCAAGCAACCCAUUGCUUGAGCUCCCCGAGCAACUGGGCUACGUUCAGUGCAGUUUCUGCGCCACGAUCUUGCUGGUGAGUGUUCCAUGCAGCAGCCUGUUGAAGGUGGUAACAGUUCGAUGCGGCCAUUGCACUGGUCUGCUAUCUGUUAGCUUGGUGAGAACUUCUGUUGUUCCUGUUGAACUCCUUGCCUCCCUUGGAGAUGAAGAGGGGAAACAAGAAGAUUUGGGACCCAAAGCUUGCAGCAGUGGAGGUGGAGGUGUUGGAGAGGCAGAGAACGAGACAAGGAGUCCGACAAGAGCUCCCAUCAUCAACAAACCUCCGGAGAAAAGGCAGCGGGCUCCUUCUGCUUAUAACCACUUCAUCAGAGAAGAGAUAGUGAGGAUUAAGGCUAGAGAACCCAAUAUCACCCACAAGGAGGCAUUUAGUGCUGCUGCUAAAAAUUGGGCUCACUUCCCUCGAAUCCAGCACAAUGAAGAUGGGAAGAGUUGCAGUUCCAGGGAAGGGAAGAAGAUAUGUGAUGGGCAUGUGGAUGAGGAGAUGCAUGGCAGAAGACACAACCUCCAUCAAAGAAAGACGCCGAAGCAGGCAGCCUGCUCCGGAGAAGAGACCUGAGCUGGGAACACCGCCGGCUCGUUUGGUCACCUACUAUUUCAUGUUAACAUGUCGAAAUGUUCAGUUACCUUUCCUUGUAAUCUGAACUAAUGUUGAUUCAGUUUGC